CCUUUAUUUCUUUGAGAACGGAGUAUAAAUUGGCAUAAAGUCUUUCCAUGUUUUUGAGGUGGCGUGUGCGCUGACUAGCCCAACAUGGCGCUGCAAGACAUAACCAGACUGAAUUAGUUUAUUGAGACCUAUGACCGUUGUUGUCACUUGUGUUCUUUGAAACCUUCACGGGUCACGAAGACGAUUUAAGUAUUUUUGCUAAUGGAUAGGCGUAUAUUUACCGGGGGCUGAAACGUAGGCUAUCACCGCGAUUCCGUGGAAGUGUUCGUUCAUUUUGUAGCCUAGCUACUUGUCUUUCCCGGAUUGUUACCAACUGGAUAUGUAUCACGACGUAUGAUGUUUUUGUAGUCUACUCAUCCGAAUGUAUUACGGGCAAUAUAGUUAACACCGUUUUAUGUAAAGCAGGCUCAAGCUAAGUGAUAUUUUCUCCGAACUACAAACUCUCGUUGUGGGUCGUUUUGACGGACUCUAUUCUAGGCUACAUAACACGGCGGAAAAGUUCCAACGGGUCAUUUUACGUGUCGGCUGAACUUAAGGACAGUUGGAUUUAGAGAAUUACUGUGGACAUUCUAUCAGGUCAGCGCCAGUGUGGGAUGUUGAGAGGCAGACUAUCCAUGUGGAACUAGCCGUCCAGGAACCACCACAUCACACAAAGCAUGGUGGAUGCGAGUGCUGCCUGCAGAAUGAACCCGCUAGCUGCCCUGGGCAUCGACCGCAGCAGCCUAAUGAGGGACAACCUCCGUGUCCAUGGAGGGAUGGUCUACCCAGGCAUCCGCACCCUGUCCUCAUCCGAAAAAGCCCGGGAGGGCAUGUCUUCCUUGCCCCUGGGCUACGACCUUCUCUAUAAACCGGACGGUUUAACGUUGGAUGGCCGGAAGCCCGGUAACGGUUAUGUUGGGCUGCAGAGGCCUGGCGGAGGAGGGGAUGGCCUAGGGAUGGACCGCCGCACCGGGCCUGGAGAUAAGCCCUCAGAGCUGGGCAGUAACGGAAGCAAUGGCUUCCUGCGGUUGCCCUGGGCGGUAAACCCGUAUGCUGACCCUGGGCUAUACCCCUUCCUGGACUCCUCCAAAUACGCCGCCCUCAACAUGUACAAGGCCUCGUUCUUGUCCCAGCCUUCGCCCUACUUGCCCCAGCAUCUAGCCUACCAGUCCCUGUGUGGCGGGGCUGGGGGUAGUACCACGGGGGCCGAGCGCCUCUUCUACAUGCCCCCGUACCCACCGGCCCCGAUCUCCUCCCCACUGGCCCCUCCUAUGAGGAUCCCCUCUGCCACGGUGGCACCCACCGCCCUCUCCCCUAUGCAGGGACUGGGGCCCCGGAUCCACCACGAGGCCUCCGCCUACGGGUCGCAGCUUCACCAGCAGCACCAGGCCCACCAGCAGUCCCAACCCCAACCGCAUCACCAGUCACACAUCAGUGACCGGCAGUCCCAAUCGCAACCCCAGUCCCAACCGCACCUCCAGUCCCACGACAGGCAACCCCAGUCCCAACCACACCUCCAGUCCCACGACAGGCUACCCCAGGCCCAACCACACAUCCAGUCCCACGACAGGCAACCCCAGUCCCAAACACAUCUCCAGUCCCACGACAGGCAACCCCAGUCCCAUCACCAGUCCCACAGUGAUAGGCAACACAGCAACAGUAAGCCCAGCCGGACUUCCACGAGUAAGAGUUUGGGCAGUAGCAGUGUUGCCAGUAGUGGUAGUAGUAGUACUAGUAGUGGGACGGGCGUUAGCAGCAGUCUUACAGUUCACUCCACCCCAGCACUUAUGAUGCAGUCCCCCCGCACGGCUCCUCGGCCUCCCCAGGCCGUGGUCCCCCCACCCCCUCCUCUGAUAGACAACAGCACUUUGGACUUCCAGAAGUCACUGUUCAGAAGCCCCCCUUGCUCCUCCAGCACGUCUUCGUCCUCCCCGUCGGUGUCCCACCCUUUCUACAUGAGUAGCAUGGCAUCUGAGCACAGAUCGCCGGUUCGCUCCGGCGGCCACGGCCACAAAGCCAAACCCAAAGAGCAGGGUGGCGGCUCGGAACACCGGAAUGUGGAGAGGAAUGGGGAACGGAAGCAGAGUAAGUCCCCGUCAAAGACUUUGUCCUCUGAAAGACCAAUAGCACUACAAGCUCCAGCCAAAGAUCCUGCGGACAAACCCUUGGAUCUGUCAGCCAAAAUCCUGGAGCUGGAAGGCUCCCCCAACGGGUUCCCCCAAAAACUAGAGGCCUUGGCUAAGCUGGGCUACUCACCCACCGCACGGUACGGCUUACCACCCAGCCGGGAGCUCCUCAAAGAAACCCUUUCACCGUCGGGGGCUCCUUCCAAAACCCCAGAGAGGCCUGAAAUCAUUAGCACUUUACACUCUUCCUGGGUUGUGCCCAGUCCAGCCCCGGCCCAUGACAGCUCUGAUUCGAAUCACAACAAGGGCCCCUCAAUCAUCAAAAACAAGAACCUGGACAACGUUAUGUCGCCCCAGCAGCGAAGCUCUUCCUGUCCCCGGAUAGGUGAGGUCAGUGGGGUUGUCGUCCCAAGCCCUGCCCCUGCCGUGGCGGCUCCUUCUGGGGGCCGACCUUCCUCUGCCUCCCCAUCCCCCUUGAUCAACGGAGAGUGGCCAAGAUCCUCGCCCAACCACUCUGAGAAAGCCCCUUCUUCCAACAGGAGCAGCCAUGCGCCUUCUGGGAAGCCAGGGAAAACCGUUAAGAAACCAGAAGUGCAAGAAAUGCCCUUCAAACCCCAGCAGGCUCCCCACUUAGAGAACGGCCACCUCUACCUGCCCCAGAACGACGGUUAUCUGCCCCCUAGCCUAGCGUAUGCUAACAGAUUCCUACCAUACUCGGUACAGGAAAGCAUGUCCCUGCCCCACAUGCCCAUGCCUGGCAAAGGUCCGGUGUAUCCUCACCCAGUCUUGCUGGGCAGCAGUAGCCUGUACCCACCCCGCCUGCCCCCCAAACACAGCCUUCCAUAUGGCCUCCCUCCCAGCCACGGGGACUACCUGACCUACCACGACUCCCAGGAAAUGGUCCACCCCCUCAUGUCCUCCCCUCACCCGGGCCUGGACCCAAAAGCCAGCGAGCGGCUGCAGGAGCUCCGGUCCCGGCCCCACCAGGAGAAGUCCUGGCAACACCAUGAGGACUCCGGCUCAGCUUACAAGGGCCAGGUCCCAGACACCGAACACACUCGCAGGGGGGACCGAGACACAGACAGGUCCGCCGGCUCAAAGACGCUCAACCAGAAGCCCCCGGCAGUAGCCAGAGACGAAAUCGUCUGCAUCGACUUAAUUCAAGACGAUGGCGACAGCGACUCCCCCCUGACCCGAGCGGCUUCUCCCUGCACUAAGAGGGGAGAACACUCCAAACCAUUGGUUAGCGGGAGUAACGAUGGGAGAGAGGCGGAGCUCCAGCACAUGCUCCGUACGGGCCAAGCUGUUGAACUCCGCCCGGGCGAGGCCCACAGGCAGGCAGAGCUGCAGCAGCGUGGUCAGCUGGCAGUGGGCUUCCACCAGUCCUCCCUUUGCCCUGAGCCCCGCUCCCCUUGCCCUUCCCUCAGCAAUGAGGAGGACAGCCCCAGCCCUGCCGAGAGCAGCCCCCUCCCCGACCUGCCGGAGGAGCAGACCCUACGCUGCGCACGCACCUCUGGAGACCGCACCUCUUGGGAGAGUACUUGCAGACAUCGUCCUUCAGAAGAACGUGGUAGCAGGGACCGUCCUUCAGAAGAACGUGGUAGCAGGGACCGUCCUUCAGAAGAACGUGGUAGCAGGGACCGUGCUUUUGAGGACCGCAGCUCUUUGGACCGCACUUCCUGGGAACGUUCUUCCUCACGCGAGGACACUACUUUUAAGGACCGCAGCUCUUGGGACCAUAUAUGCGCGGAACGUACGUUUAGAGACCUGUCUUGUGAGGACCGCAACUCAUCUGACCACCCUCCUAGGGAACGCACAUCCAAUGAGUCAGAGUUCCGGACCGAUAGGACCAUGGAACUCUACUCUGACCCGGACAAGGACAUUCAUACGGACACAGAGUCCCACGAGGGUGAGGAGUACGACGACCACGGCUGCCCCAAAGCCAGGAGGUCCAGCCUGGCUAAGCGCAUCGCUAAUUCCUCUGGCUACGUGGGCGACCGCUUCAAGUGUGUCACCACCGAGCUAAAUGCUGACUCCAGCAAGCUGAGCAGAGAGCAGAGGGCACUGCAGAUGGAAGGCUUAACACAAGAGGACAGUAAAUUAACUCAACCUGCUGCUUACCGUGAGCGUGCUAUGCUGCGCUUCUCUGAGCUGGAGUUGAAGGAGAAGGAAGGAGGAGGGGUGGCGGUGGAUCAGGACUUGGCAGACGGCCAGCGCAGCGAGGCGGAGGGGGAUGGAGCCAGAGGAGCAGAGGACUGGGCGCGCUGCCAGGGCCCCAGCAGAACGGGGCCAGAGGCCGUGGCCCCUGCGGACGAGGCGGAGAGGGACGGUGUGCCUUUGGCGUGCUCCAACAACAGAGUGCCUGUUCUCCAGCGAUGCCCGCACACCGAGGCCCUCCCGCCGAGGGAGCCGGCUCGACCCGCGCCGGACGAGAGGAGGAGGGGCGCGGCCGUGGCGGAAGAGGAGGAGAGGGCGUGUAUGCCCCCCAGAGGACGGCCCCCCAGCCUGCCAGCGGGCCCAGUGGAAGGGCUGUACCCCAAGGACGCCGGUCGCAGCACCCUGCCCGCCGCGCCGGCCUCUGUGCCCACCGCCGCCCCGGCCCGGAAACGCACAUACGCCCUGGAACCGUGCCAGCCCCACCUGGGCGGCGGCCAGCCGAAGGAGGGGGCGGAGAACGAGGCGAGGGAAGAGAGGGAGACGGAGAGAAUGGCCAUUCCAGUCAAAAGAGCCCGGCUAACAACCGAACCCACGGAGCCAGUCCCAGAGGAGGUAAAGAAUCUGAAAGUGUGCAUCGAGCUGACUGGCCUCCGACUCAGCAAGCCCCGCCUCUCCCAGGAGCUCAGCCAAUGGCACGCCGCCACCCAGAGGUCAACGGAGAUGAACGGCAGCGUCGCCAUGACGCAGAUGGCCCUGCCUAACGGUUGCCCGGAAGUCUGCAGCGCGGACCGCAAGGCCCGGGUCACCUCGCAGGAAGAUAGGAGCCUGAAACGCAGGUCGGAGAUCAACGGCCAUGCCUGGUGUCUCGAGACAUUUAGUCACGGCGACAACGACAGAGUAGUGCUGCCGUCUGUUCCUCUGACCCCAGCGCAGCGGGACCGUCUCUCCCGGACCCCGUGCACUGCCCCUGUCAGGAGACCGCCCCUCCGGACCACCACCCCUUCCCUCACCCCCUUCCACUCCCUGGCCCCGGGCCCCCUGUCACCCACCCCUCCCCGCCUGUCAGACAAGAGGCAGAAGCUGAAGGAACACCGCAGGGCCAGCGCUCCGGGAGGACCUCCGUCCCCGGAACCCGGCCCCCACCCUGAGCGCGACCCCAACUCAGCGGGGGACCUGGCGGCCCCCAGGCUGCGUCGGCAUGGCGACCAGGACAAACCCAAGGGCAAGCGGCAGUGCAAGACAAAACACACCAGCCAGCAGGAUGGGCCGGGGCUCAGGGACGACGAGCUGAGCCACGACCGGGAGAGUCAGGUCACGGAGAAGCACGGCGGCGACAAGCGGAAGAGGUCCUCGUCCCUGUCGGAUUACUCCCCCUCCUCCCCCCUCGCCGCCUCCCCCCCGCCGGCCCCCGCGCCGUCCCCCGCCAGCCGCCCCAUGCCCCCCGAGGCCCGGCGGCUCAUCGUCAACAAGAACGCGGGCGAGACUCUGCUCCAGAGGGCGGCCCGGCUGGGAUACGAGGAAGUGGUGCUGUACUGCCUGGAGAACAAGGUGUGCGACGUCAACCACCGCGACAAUGCCGGCUACUGCGCCCUGCACGAGGCGUGCGCACGUGGCUGGUUGGCCAUCGCUCAGCACCUGGUGGAGCACGGCGCUGACAUCAACUGUAGCGCCCAGGACGGCACCAGACCCCUUCACGACGCCGUGGAGAAUGACCACCUGGAGGUGGUGCGCCUGCUACUGUCCUACGGUGCCGACCCCACCCUGGCCACCUACUCUGGCCGCAGCCUGCUCCGCAUGACACACUCCCACGCCAUGGACGGCUUCCUCUCCGAGUACUUUGCUGACCUGAAGGGGCGUGCAGAUGAUGACGAAGGAAUCUACUGGGAGUUUUACGGCAGUGCCGUUUGUGAGUCGGGUGAGGACCCAGCAGCCUACGACAUCCUGGCCAACCCACCCGGUCCAGGACAGGAGGAAGACGAGGAGCACAGGGAGGUGUUUGAGUUCGAGUUCUCCGACCGACCCCUCCUCCCUUGCUACAACAUCCAGGUGUCCCUGUCACAGGGUCCCAGAAACUGGCUGCUCCUGUCAGAUGUCCUGAAGAGACUCCGGAUGUCCUCCAGGGCGUUCAGGGCAGCCUUUGCCCACCUGGAGGUGGCCACCAUUGCAGAGGCGGAGUUCUACAAGCAGGCUUCCCUGUCGCAACUCUUCUCGUGCCCCGACGAGCUGGCCGCCUUCCUGCCCGACAGCAAGGAGCUGCUGGACCUGGUCGAGACGAGCUCGGAGCUAGCCGCGCUGCUCGGCUCGUCUCUCGAGUGCCUGGAUAGCCGAUGGGAGCCCAAAGUGGCCCGGGCCAAGGCUAAGGCCCGCUUAUGACCCUGAGACACACAGAGGCCGAGUCUCAACCACAUCCCUCUUCUCUACUCGUUCUCUGCUUUCCACAAAGCUAAGAAGCAUUGGAAUUGUGUUGGUGUUGGGAUGAUGCGUUUCCAAUACCAGUCGUUUCCUUUCAAAUCUGUGAGUUGGAGGCGAACACACAUCCACUUUUUCAGGAGGAGGUGAAGAUAAUUGGGACUAAGCCACAUGCACGCUUGCUGGAAGUGUAUAUAGCGUAUCAUCCCUGCAACGACUGGACAUUGACAUUUUGGACAGUAUCCCUUAAAUGGAAUGGACUGAGCGCCACACAAAGGACUUCAUUUUUGUACAAAUAUAUAUAUCUAUGUAUACACAUCCCGCGGAGUUUUAUUUGUUCUAUAUAUAAAUAUAUGUAUAAAUAUAUGUAUAUCCUCCAUAUGGUCUAACUGCUGCUCCAGUUGUCAUGUUUUUAUAUUUUGAUUGACAGGUUGUGGUUUCAGCCACUGCUUGGCUUGACAUUCUGGAACUAGGUUAGACUAGGCUUGUGUACAGGUCAGGAUCUGUUAGAGUUGAAUGUUGACCUCUGAGGUUAAAGGUUAUGGUUUGGCAAUGCAUGUGGCUUGAGGUUAACUGACCUGUCUGUCUGACUUUGUGGGUAGACACAGAAAAGAACCCUGACAGAAGAAUUAGCACUAAUGGUUUAUCCCAAAGAUUUGGGGAUUUUUAUGUUUGACAUUGUGUCCAAAAACCUAGCUUUAUUUGUCUUUUAUUUACGGCAAUGAUGGAUUAAGAUAUUGAUUCCUUUUGUAAUAUAUUAAUUGUAAGAUACUACAUAACGCAUUGAUCGAAGAGCAAGAAUCAUGCUUGAGCUUGUAAAUAAGGACUUGACCAUUUCAGUAACUGUAUCUUCCAACUGUGUUUUUUUUUUGGUCCAUUUCUGAGAUGUAUGUGUUUAAACUUUGUAAUUAAAUAUACUAUCAUUUGUAUUUAUAUUUUACAAAAAAUGUCCUUUAAAUAAAUGGCAAUAACAU